CCAUUUUGUCUGGGAGGGUAAAUGUGAAAGGGAAAGCCGAAGCGCAGGCUGCGGGAGGCGGCAGAGCGGAGCGGGGCCGGGCGCGGCCGGCAGCAGAGGGGUUCGUGGCCGCCGCCCCGCAGAGCAGCGGGCAGGGCCCCCCGCGUCGCGGCGGCGGUCGAGGGGAGCCGGCGAGGCGGAGCCCGGCGAGGACUCCCCCGGUCGCCCCCGGCGGAGCGGAGAGAGCUGCCGGCGUCCUUCCCCUGGGGAGGCUGCGCUCGGCCCCCGGCCGCGGGGAAGCCGCCGCCCCGGCCUUGCCGCCCGCCGCGGCGGGUCCGCGGGGGAAGCCGCCGCCAGGGCCGCGCCGACGAUGUCGGGACAGUCGAUCACCGACCGCAUCACGGCGGCGCAGCACAGUGUCACCGGCUCGGCCGUCGCCAAGGCUGUCUGCAAGGCGACGACCCACGAGGUGAUGGGCCCCAAGAAGAAGCACCUGGACUAUCUAAUACAGUGCACAAAUGAAAUGAAUGUGAAUAUUCCACAGUUGGCGGACACACUCUUUGAGAGAACUGCAAACAGUAGCUGGGUUGUAGUGUUCAAAGCUCUAAUUACAACACACCACCUCAUGAUGUAUGGAAAUGAGCGCUUUAUCCAGUAUCUUGCAUCCCGAAACACUUUGUUCAAUUUAAAUAACUACCUGGACAAAAGUGCCAUGCAGGGCUAUGAUAUGUCUACCUUCAUUAGGCGAUAUAGCAGAUACUUGAAUGAAAAAGCACUUUCAUAUAGACUUGUAGCAGUUGACUUCACCAAAAUGAAAAGAGGGAUAGAUGGAGUGAUGAGAACCAUGAAUGCUGAAAAGCUGCUGAAAACCCUUCCAAUCAUACAGAACCAGCUUGAUGCACUCCUUGAUUUUGAUGCAAAUCCAAAUGAACUAACAAACGGUGUUAUAAAUGCUGCCUUUAUGCUCCUCUUUAAAGAUUCCAUUAGACUUUUUGCAGCAUACAAUGAGGGGAUUGUUAAUCUUUUAGAAAGAUAUUUUGAUAUGAAGAAGAACCAGUGCAAAGAAGGCUUGGAUAUUUACAAAAAAUUUCUAGCCAGAAUGACCAAAUUGUCAGAAUUCCUCAAAGUAGCAGAGCAAGUUGGAAUUGAUCACGGUGACAUUCCAGAUCUUACUCAGGCACCCAGCAGCUUGCUUGAAGCACUGGAACAGCAUUUGGCUUCUGUGGAGGGAAAGAAAACAAAAGAAGUCUCCGCUGCCAGCAGAGCUAGUGCCCUUUCCAGUGCUGUUUCUACACUUGCCAAUACAGGAAUGUCACUUAGCAGGAUGGAUGAGAAGGAAAAGCAGCAAGCAUUGGAGGAAGAACAAGCUAGACUGCAGGCACUUAAGGAGCAGCGAUUAAGAGAGAUUUCUGUAGUAUCAAAUUCCACUUCCACAUCAGCAUCUCCAAGCACCUUAUCAGGAAAGAGUGUGAAUACCACUGUAGCUGUUGACUUCUUUGCAGUACCAGCACCCACAACAAAUAGCAUGCCCAACCUUUCUAGUGAUCUUUUUGAUCUUCAGCCUGCAUUUGUUCCAACUGUGCAGAGUACUCCAGCUAUAUCAACAUCAGCAAGCAGUGCUUGGGGAGGUCCUUUCUCGUCCUCAAAUGGUUGUGUUGGUUCUCCACCUCAUCUGGACAUCUUUGACAUGAAGCCUGUUGAAGAAGCUGUAAAAUCUACCACCCCUUUCAUCAAUUCUACUUUUUCCUCCAAACAAACGGUGGAACUGUUUAGUGAUGACUUUAGUGGUCAUAAACCUACAUAUGCUUCUCUGUAUCAUCCUCUGACUGUUGAUGGUUUUCCUCUUCAUUCAGCUCCUCCAAGUACCACCUCUUCAACAAUUAAUGUGGACUUUGAUGCUGUUUUUGGAGGAAAAUCUACAGCACCAGAGUACAGGACUACAAGUGAUGAUGUAUUGCAACCCACAGUACCACCACAAAAUCAAAAAGCCACUUUAGCCAGCCAGCAAAGUGGAAAAAUUUUUGCAAAUGACCUUGAUUCUUCACUGGCUAAUCUAGUGGGAAAUCUUGGCUUUGGAGGAACUCCAUCCAAAAAAUCAGAUAUGCAGUGGACCCAGCCCACAGAGAAAAAACUUACUGGUGGAACAAACUGGCAAGCAAAAACAAGCACAUCAACCACGUGGAACCCUACUCCCUUACCCACUAUUCCACAUAUGGUACCUGCUCCUAUCACAUACCCAUUGACCACGCCUCAAGUGCCUGUAUAUGGAAUGGUACCUCCUCAGGUUGGAGCUGCUCCUUUGAUGGCACCUCAGUCAAUGAUGUAUACGCAGCCGGGUUUAAGGCCAACAAAUCCUUUUGCACCUGUUUCUGAAACUCAGAUACAGUUUAUGUAGAGCCGCCAAAGCAGCAAGAUGUGAGAACAACCAAAUACUGGUAAAAAAAAGAAAAGACUGCAUUUCAAUCUUCCCAUGAUGUAUUCCUGAGCAGGGCAACUGUUUCUUGCCUGUGUAAUACAAUACUAUUUUGAAUUGCAAUGCUUUAGAGAUUCUUGUUUAUAAUAGUCACUGCAGUGUGAAGUAAUGUUUGUUCACUGAUUUAUUUUUUUUUUUUACCUUUUUUAACUGCUCAGCAGAAAACUGUAUUUUGAGGUUGACUCGGAAGGUGCAAGAUGGAUUAUGUAUCAUCUUCAAUAAUGAGAAGAGGGGUUACGUGAUUGCUCUACAACCUUACUCAUCAGUGGAUUACCUUAGGAAGUUAACUGAGGAUGUCAAAGCUAUUUAUUUUUUCCAUAAAUUUUGUGGCUGUUGUAACCAAGACACAAGACAGAUGAAGUUGAGCAAUAAAAUUUUUAUGUGCUCUAAUAAAUACUCUGAUAGAGCAAUGCUUGCAUUAUCAUAAGGAAAAUAUUGUGUGAAAUCAGACAGCUUUUUCAAAUUAGAAUAGCUUAUAGUAAUUUGCAAACUUUAUAAUGUGAGUUUGAAAUGCUGUGAAUCAACAAGAUAUAUACAUAUUAUAUAUAUACAUAUAUAUUAAAAAAAAUAAAUUGCUCCAUUGGUAUGUCAGUGUUACAUGGCUAGUUUAAAGAGCCAGGCUCUGAUACAGGCUGAAAGUCUGUGGUGGAGUAGGGGAAACAAGUGUGUUACGGAACAGCAUGUGCAGCCUCCAACAGGUGUCUGUAGCUGCACUUCCAUCGAGUAUCUUCUCUGCAGUUAGCAUUUUUCAUAGCUCAAGGAAGAGUAGCUUUGGUGGCCAGUGAGUGAAGGUAUCCUUAAGAACAGCAAAUGGAAGCAGUUAGAAAAUCAUGUUGCUAACUGCGAAAGAGGCAAGAGAUCCAAUUACAUUUUUUUUUAAUCCAUGAGGUCAAAAGAAGCAAACUUUGCAAUAGUGCUGACACUUGCGAACUGGCAACUAUACUGAAAUUAUCCAGCUGUAGAGAAUAGCUUGUGCUGCUUUUCUGAAAUACAAACCUAGCUGUAAACCAUAUAAAAGUAAUUAUUUUUAAAUGUGUAAAUAUGUGCAGACUUUUAGAUAAACUUUUCUUUAAUGCUGCAGUAAUCUUUUUCAUCUGUAGUAAUGUCAAGGUAAAAAUGCUAUGUUAAGAAAUCCGGACUCCUUUUGAGAGGAAAAUCUUUUACAUCAGCUAAUUUAUGAAGUACGCUAUUCAUGAUGGGUCAGAUGUAUAGAGACUUCUGGCACAUCUUUUGUAUUUUACAAUCUUCCUCCAAAUCUGAAAUCGGCUUUGAAAAUGCCUUAUCUUGUAUUUUUCAGUGUCUGGUAAAACCUGAUAGCAUUAAAAAACAACAACUACAAAUAAUAAAUGGAAUUGGGAGCAACCUUUCUUCCAGAAGUUUUGUGGCAGAACACAGCGAAAAGCUCUCCUGUAAAAUGACUUUACUAAUGAUAAUAUUAAAGCUGAAUUUUCAAAAAAUGAAUAGUUUUCUAUUGUUAAAAUAAACAGACCUCCAGAGUAGCAUGUCUUUUAUCUUCUGGAGAGUCUGUAAGUGCAGAAAUAUCUCUGACUCUCACUGUAAAUGCAAAUAGGCCUGAGAAUCUUGUCAAACUGUCCUGUAGAGAAUUUCUAAAAUACAGUGUCUUCUUCACAGUGGGAACAAGCCUUUUUCUAAACGCUUAAUUCUGCCCAAAGAGUGCAAAAGUAGUAUUUCUUAACCCUAUGGAAAUAUUUUUGCCAAGUGAAACGGCCCAAAAGAAACAAAAUUAAAAAUCCACCUCCCAACCUUUGGAAUCUGUAACCACUAACUUCCUGGGAAAUGUAACUUUGCAGAAAUCUAAAACUCUUUGAGUUUCUGAAUGUGUAUUGAUUUUGAUUUUUAUUUUUUUAAAAAAAGAAUUUGGACCAUUAUAUAGCAAUGUGAUGUUCAAGUCUGAAUUACAAAGGGCUUCAAGCUUUAAUCCACCUUUAUUGGGUUGAACAAUUGUACAAUUUUAAGCCAAUGAGUUAUUCAGUGCCUAUAGUUACCCUCCACGUGAUGAGGGAAUAGAUGCCAUUUAGAAUGGGUCAUUGUGUUGAGGGGACUGUUUGUUUUGGAAAUAGUGAAUUCCAUUGAUUUAUUCAGCAUUGAAAAGUCUUGAGUUCAAAUUAGACCAGUACCUGUAGUAAUAAAUGUCUGGGCAUUAAUGACAGAGCUGAGGGCGCUACAAGCAGGCAGUUUCUGGCACUGUAAGCUGUUAGGUCUCUUUCUCAUACUGAGUUGUAUUAAGUAAUAAUCCAUUAUUUUAAUAAAAUAUGCAAAUAAAUGCCUGGCAAACAGUAUAUAUUUGUUAAACUUUAUUGCAGAGCAUUCUGAAUAUCUGGAGUGUACUUCGCUCAGAAAUGGAUUUAGUACUAGGUAUAGUUUGCACUACUUCUGAUUUGCUCUGGAUUUUUUAAUGCUGCUUUGGUAUGCUUUCUUGUAGCAAAGCUGUCUGAUACCAAUUCAUUUAGUAUUAAAAAAGGAGAAACAGCCACAAAGUACAUCCUAAAAACUUUAUAAGCUACCUUCUUUUUAGUCUCGUUCAGAAUGUUUGGUACAUUGAAACACAGCUUUCAGAUGGAUCCUUAUGAAGAAAAAAAACUGAUUUACUUGCUUCUUGCUGCACGAAAGGGCACAGGGCUCCUUCUUGCCAGUCCCUUCCUUGUGCACAUGUUGGAAUGCAUAAAAUGGCAGAGUGCUGUCUUUUAAAUAAUGUAGUUCAUACAUAAGUUUUAAAAAAAACCCCACCAACAACUUGGGAUGCCGUCAGAGCUUUUAUUUGCUCAGAAAACAAGUUCUCCAGAAAACCACUUUGAAGACGAAGGUUGUUGCUGAGGCUAACUGUAGUAGCUCACAAGAGCUGCAAAUAGUAGUUGUGAUGAGUAAAACACUGAAGAGAGAUGUAUAUAAAUGUGACUUUCCCUUUUGUUUCCUUCCAACUGGUUUGAUCAGAAUCCUGUUCUGAAUACUUCAGAAAGCAGAUAACUAAGAUUUCCUCCUUGUUCGGACAAGCAUGGAGUGACGACUUUAAAGUAUGCUGUGCGCUUGGCAUUGUUGUACUCUAGCGGGUCACUCGAGCCUAACUGUUGGGACUUGGUGCUGCUACAGGGAGGCUGUCUUUCAUGGGAUAUACCAUAAGAUAACUUCUGGGGGGAUUUGGAAAGGCUGAUUGCGUUAGGCCUGUUGGACUUGAAAGUGUACCUCUUUUUAAAUAACUGGGGUUUUCUAAUGUUCUCUAGGUAUAUUUUGACUUCACCUCCAAGAAGUUACUGAUUUAUUUUUUAUUUUUUUUUUUAAUUUUGGACACGUACUAGAGAAAUCUCAGUUCUGUGCACAUAGUGGUGGGAUACUUGUAGGUAAACAAAUAACAAAUGGACUUCUGUUUAUAAAACAAAACCAAACCACACACACACACAAAAAAACCCCAAUUAAAAACCCUUCUGACUACAAGACUGAAUACAGGGUGUAUCCCCAUCUGGGUUUUUUGAUGUGUGGCAGGGAGGGUGGGGUUACAAUUAGAAUAGUAUGCACUGUGGAUCGGUGCUUGUGCUUAAUUUGUACAUAAAAAGGAAAACUUUGUUUUGAGUAGUUUGUAUUGUAAGGACAACAUCUAAAGGCACUGUGUAUCAGUCAUUUAUUUCCAUUUAAAAGAUUAUAUUUUUGAGCAAUGGAAACUACGUUAUCAUUUAUACAUUACUGAUAGCUAGGAAUAUAGAAAACCUGUUGCUAUUACUCUGAAGAUGUAUCUGACUUGUCAUUAAUCUAUAUAAAUCACUGCAUCGCUACUUUUAUGCAGAUUCUCAUGAUCGUUUAUUUAAAGAGAUUGUAGUAGCUGGUACAGUUACAGCAGGAAUUGUAACAUCAGAUCUUUCAGUAGAUCUCAAACAUGUAUCCUUGUGAUCGAGUUGAAUACUUUACCAAAUGUUUGGCUGGAAUGUCAUCUCGGAGCAAUGACAAAAUAGGUGCUGGAACAGAUUUCCCUCACCCCCAGCCCCACUUUACAUUAUUUAUUUAAUAGGUCUCGUUUUGUAUGUUAUGUUUUUCCCCAUAACAGGUUUGUGCCUUUUAUUGGAUAUUUAUUUAAAAGGAGCUACUAUAAUUUAGGUUGUUCAGGCAUUUUUUCAGAUGUAUUCUUGUACAGCUCUUCCUUUACGUGAGUUCCUUCAUUUUAUAAGAAUACAGAAUGUGCGGAAAAUAUACUAGCCACAAACUGGAAAAAAAUUUUUGAGGGUUUAUGUUCUCUGAAUUAAUUUUUUUAAAAAAAAAAAAAAAGCCUAAGCACAAGACUGGCUGUGUCGGUAUUUUAAUUGCGGAACUUCACAAUUUGUUAAUACACAAACUGUUUGUUUUUUAAAAACUGCUCAUAUCCAAUUAUUUGAUGAAACAAGUUUUGGAAAAAAAAUAAAUAAACUUUGGCACAUGCAAGGUG